AAAUCCAUUGGCUUCAUCAACAAUCGAAGAACUUGAUACGGUGAAAUAUGGGUGAUGAUAUUGCUUGAUUCUAAUUAUUUGCAGACUGAUGUGCACAGUGAUGCCUUGCAGUUGCAGUUCGAGAAAAGAUAAGCAAUCUUUUCAGUCUUGAAGUUUUCAAGGACAACCAUCAAGAUGAACUUAUUUCAAAGGACUAGUACAAGUAUAAGUAGAACAUUAAUGAUGAGGCCUGUCUCGACAGUGAUUCUUUUUUUACUUGCCUUGCCUUCUUGCCCAGUGUAUAGUCAGGGAGCUUGCAACCGAGCAUGCUAUCCACAGUCUGUAAACUUGAUCGAUGACAAUUCCUUCAGGUUGGUCACGACAGACUCGACAUGCGGCAGUCCCCCAUCAGAGUUCGAUAUUCCCGUCGCCAGCAGUACGGGAGACACAUUCAUGACAAUAUUGUGCAAUGCAUCCGAUCCGGACGCAUCUUAUCCUAUCGAAGCUGCCUAUGAUUUCACGUCGAUGACAUUCUUCGGUCAGGUGUUCACGUCGCCGCUGUUGGACACGUGGUGGCAGUCGGACAGUGAAGCGUCUAACGUUCACCUUGACCUAACCCUCGGGAACGAGUUCCUGUUUCAAAGGACGGUGAUCUCGUUUCGGAGUUACCGGCCAGCAAGUUUGGUUAUCGAGAAGACGGCUGAUGGAGGGGCGAACUGGAGUCCCUUGAGAUACUAUGCUGGAAACUGUGCUGAGACAUUCCCAGGCGUCCCUCUGAUUUCCACUGGCUUCAACUUCACGGCAGACUGCACGCAGGAAUAUGUCUUUGGACACGGUAUGACUGAAGCAGAUGGAGAGAAUAUUCAAAGGGUAAUUUACAAUCCAGUCCAAGAGUUAGAGGAGCUGUACUCUGAAUACGAAUACCAGCGCUACUUUGCUCUCACCGGUCUGCGGAUCACACUUGUUGAGCCUGGCAACCUGGAGUCCGUCAGUCAGGAGUCUCUGCCGAGGCGUAGCUUCUUUGCCGUGGCAGACUGGAUUGUAGAGGGGCAGUGUCUUUGCUAUGGUCACUCUGCUUCCUGUGUAGGCACGAAUGAAGCAGAAUGCAGUUGCCAACAUAACACAGCUGGACCUAACUGUGAUUCAUGCCUCCCCCUCUACAACAACAAACCCUGGCAAGCAGCUGUGGGAUCAGAGACCAACGCUUGCGAAGAUUGCGGUUGCAGCGGAAGAGCGCAGAGUUGCGUGUACGAUGAGGUCAAAGGUUACGGUGUUUGCCAGGACUGUCAGGAGAAUACCUCUGGCGACAAGUGUGAGGUCUGCUUAGCAGACUACUACCGGAAUCCUUACACUGACCCUACCUUCAACGACACUUGUAUUGCUUGCAAUUGCACUGUAGAGGGCACUGUUCCAAACAGCGUCUGCAACGAGACCAACGGGCAGUGUGCCUGCAAGGCCAAUGUUCAGGGGCGAGCAUGUGAUGAAUGCAAGGAUACAUUCUACAAUUUGCAAGACUCCAAUGAUCAAGGCUGCCAAGAGUGCGACUGUGAUUCAGUCGGGACGAUCAGAAACAUCAACCUUUGUAACAAGACUACAGGAGAGUGUAUAUGUAAAGACAAUGUGAUGGGAACCCGCUGUGACCAGUGUCAGACUGGCACGUUCAAUCUCGACCCCUCCAAUCCAAAAGGCUGCACGUCGUGCGAUUGCGACCCGGGAGCGGCCAUCAGUGGAUCAUGUGACCCCGACACGGGGGCGUGCACCUGCAGGCCGAACGUGAUUGGCCGUGCAUGCAACGAUACUGCUCCAGGAUUCUAUGUACCGAGAUUGGAUGGAAUAAAUAUGGAGGGUGAAGUCGCCGCUACUGAUCAGCCUUCCAGGAUUGAGGAGAGAUCGCUUGGUGAGGGCGCCCUUCACACUGGCCCUGGUUUCCUGGUGGUGUCUCCGUCGACGGUGAUUACACUGAGCAGCAUGACUGUCCCUCGAACGCAGAAUUAUGUCCUUGCUAUAAGAUACGAGACCUUAUCUAAUUGGAGUGAUGUCACAAUAGAAGUCGACCAGCAGAAUCCGAUAGCAUUUGAAUGUCAAGGAUCAUCAAACCCCGGGACCUCAUCAACUCCAGUCAGCCUUCCAGCAGCAGAGUAUGGAGGCGUAUAUGAUCUGUCUGAGGGAUGCCUUGCUAGAGGUAUCCCUUACGAUGUCAUCAUCAGGUUGGGAGUACCAGACACUCAGGAACAGUUCCUCUUGGACUCGAUUGUACUGCUGCCUGUGUUAUCUGACCUGGAGGUCUACCAAUCGAACCGAACUAGCCAGACUUUGCGAGCUGACAUGGAUGCGUGCUGGUCUGCAGCACUGUCGGCCCAGCACCCAACCAGGAUGAACUGCUCAGAUAUCGAAUUUGGAAUCAUGGCCGAGGUCUUUGAUGGGGCUAUAGGUUGUGAUUGCAGCUCUCUAGGGUCAGACAGUAAUCCAAUAUGUGAAUCUUACGGAGGUCAAUGCCCUUGCUUGCCGGGGGUCACUUCCAGGUCGUGUGACACCUGCUCACCUUUCUACUACGGCAUUGAAUCAGGCAAUGGAUGCACAGACUGUGGCUGUAACUUAGAAGGUUCAAUCACACAGUCAUGCAACCAGACAUCUGGAAUCUGUGAAUGUAAACUGAAUGUUGAAGGAGACAAAUGUGACACGUGUGCCACUGAUCAUUAUGGCCUUUCGACAGGCACUGGUUGUGAACAAUGCAGUUGCACACCAGAGUACUCUCUAGGGACGUCCUGCAACGAUGAUGGUCAGUGCUCAUGCAAGACAGGAGUUGGAGGCCUACGUUGUGAUCAAUGCGCACCAGAAUUCUUUAAUCUUACGACCGAUGGCUGCUCAGAAUGUAGCUGUAACACCAUAGGGAGUGUGGACGGCAACUGCGACAGCCAAGGCCAGUGCAACUGCCUACCAUCAGCCACAGGACUGCACUGUGAUGAAUGCCCUUCAGGAACAUAUGGUUUUGGACCAUACAGUGAGCGAGGAUGCAUCGAGUGUCUGUGUUCCUCUCACACAACGAACUGUACAUCAGCAACAGACUGGUUCCUCAACAGGGUAGAAAGCCAGUAUUCUCUCCUCAACUUUGAGGGCGCUGUCUCAGAUAGAUGGACAGGCAUUACGGGAGAUGGAGACGAGGUUGCAAUUGUCAGUGAGCCAAUUCUGGAGAUCACUGAUCCAAGGUUUGUCCUGCAGCUUGUUGACCCUGGAAACACAGAUGACCUCUUCUUCCUCUCGCCAUACCCGUACCUUGGCGAUCACCGCACUGCUUACGGACAGCAGCUGGAGAUUAAGCUCAGCCAAACGACAUUGGAGAACCAGACCCGGUCUACAGAGGGCGAUGUUUAUAUAUUUGGAGGGUGUGGAGCGUGCGAGCCUCUUGUUGCCAGCCUUCCCUACGUUCCUGGCUCCCCUGUCACAAAUGCAACUUCUUAUCAGUUUAAGCUGCAUGAGAACUACUGGAAUCUUGGCAAUAUGAGCGGAGCGAGACCCACAAUCCAACAGGUGGUGAGGAUUCUUGCAGACAUAUCCGAGAUCAGGAUUCGUGCCAAGUACACUACGCUUCCAGGCCAGUCGGUCUACUUUCACGAUUCAUCUUUGACUGAAGCAAGCAAUAAUCUCACAGCGGCUUCAAGUGAUAUCACUGUGGACUACGUGGAAGACUGCUUCUGCCCUCCAGAAUACACAGGCCAGUUUUGUGAGCAGUGCGCUGCAGGAUACCGCAGGGCCACCCCUGGUGAUGGUUCCUUCUCCACCUGUGUCCCCUGCGACUGCAACGGACACAGUGACCUACCCUGCGACCCUGAGACCGGGGUGUGCAGGGGUUGCCAGGACAACACGGGAGGGGAUUUCUGUGAGCGCUGUCUUGACGGUUACUACGGCAAUGCCCUCGGAGGGACACCAGGUGACUGCUUUCCCUGCCAAUGCCCGGGAGUACCGGGUGCAAACUCCUUUGCUGCUACCUGUGAUGCCAAUGGCCUGUGCAUAGACUGUGUAGAAGGGCACGGUGGGAACUUCUGUGAAUACUGUCUGGAGGGUUACUACGGUGUGCCCUCCGACCCAGAGAAUAAUGGAGGUCGUUGCCAGCCUUGCUACUGCAACCUGAGCCCGGCAGUUUGUGAUAGCACAACGGGGCAGUGUCAGAACUGCACAGGGAACACUGAGGGACAGGAGUGUGAGGUUUGCAGAUUCGGAUAUUGGGGAAACAUUGAUAGCUGCCAAGAAUGCAACUGUAACCUUACCGGGGGUUACGGCAAUUGCACCCAGGACACCGGUACCUGCUACUGCUACCCCAAUGUCAUUGGCAGUGAAUGCACCGAGUGCGCCCCUGAUACCUGGGGCUUCGCCAGUGGAACCGGCUGCUUGGAUUGUGAGUGUCAUCCUGUUGGUACAGUUGAUCAACAGACCCAGUGUAAUUUGGUCACCGGCCAGUGCAACUGCAAGUCAUUAGUGACGGGCCAGAAGUGUGAUGGGUGCAUGAUGGGAUACUAUGACGUAGAUCAGGAAUGUAUUGCAUGCAACUGCAACAUCAAUGGCACCAACCCGGUGACGUGCUCCAACGAUCUUUGCGGAUGUGAUCUUGAUACUGGGCAGUGCGACUGCAAAUUGGCAACCAUUGCUGGACGGACAUGUGACCGUUGUGGUCGACUGGAUCAAGAUGAAGUGCAAGUUGUUGCGGAGAUUUUUGUUGGUAAUUUCCCCAACUGUGAGCCGUGCCCAGAGUGUUUUCAAAACUGGAGAGAAGAGCUCGAGAUCCUUGGAGAGCUGUUGGUGGAAGAAAGGAAACGUUUACUUGGGCUUCUCCGUAACUAUGGUAACAUGACGGAGACUGACGUUAAAGCUUUGGUCCGUGCUAUCCAGGGUAACUUGACGUUGGCGGAUCAAGUUAUAGAACAGGGCAAUCAGCAAACACAGAAUCUUAUCGGCAUCCAAAAUUCCUUCUUAAUGAUAACAGAGUCUAUUGAAAACAAGACGUUCCUUUUGGAUUCCUUAGCAUCGUUAGAGAACAACAUCACUUCCCUUCUCUCAGAGUCUUCCAACUUUGAUGGCACUGUCGAGGUGGAGACGGGGGUGAGUAGAAAUUCUGAAAGACUAAAUCAAGAGUUGUUGGCAGUGACCAACACGAUAGAGAACAUUGUAACAGAGGCAGAAGGGAACUGGGAGUCUGUACAGACCCUCUACCAAGCGAUCCUCGACUUCCAGGACCGGGCUCGGCAGCUGAUAGCGGAAGUGGACUCCUUGCUUCUUGACGUGGAGGGUGCAUCGCAGCAACGGCUGACGGUUGAAGACAUCUUGAGCGAGCCCACCAGGACUGCUGAAAUGGAGGUGAAUUCCCAGCGCCUCGGCCUGAUAGACUCUACUCAGGCCAGGUAUCCAUUGGAAGAGGCAGCCCAGAAUGCUUCAGCAGCACAGAGGCUGGUACAGGAGGCUAACCAGACAGCGACAGGUGCCUAUCAGCAAGCCCAGAGCGAGAGAACAUUGUCAGAAGAAAGGGCAUACAGGAGUGAGGUGGCACGGUUCAACGCUACAGGUGCAACCUUGGCAGCAGCUAAUGCGUUGUCAGUUGCAAGAAACUACAAGGAUGUUGCUCUGGAGACCAAAGCAAACAUAACUCAAGCCUAUGUGGACACCCUGAACCAGCUCUCCCAACUGGACGAUGCCCAGGUCAAAAGCCAAGAGGCCAGCGCAGCAUCACAGGCAACGGUCAACAUGGCAGUCAGGUCACCGACCGACAUGGAAGCCCUGGUGAGGGAUAUCAACGCAACGGGCCUGUCUGAUGCUGCCGUGUUCCCCCUGUUGGAAAAUUCCACCACUACCCUGGAUGAGGCAACAGCAAGCCUAGAGACGGCUAGACGUUCCUUACAAGAUGCCAUAUCUGUGAAAUCCCAGAUUGACACCAUAGAAUAUGACAUAUCGGAGGCAGAAAGGGUUCGGGAGGUCACAGGUCAAAGGGUCAUCGACACACAGAACAUGGUCACCAACAUCAGUCAGAUAGCAGCCGAGGUUCAAGCCCAGUCCGAGUCGAAGAACAGCGAUGCCCAGGCCACCUCUGCCCUCUUACAGGAUUUAUCUACAGAAGCAGCUGAUGGUCAACAAUGCUUCAGUGCUAAAAGGGCACAAGUGCAGGAUGCAGGCCGGAGAAUAGACAGGGUCAAGCAGAAUGUAGAAGUGACCCAACAGGAACUGAAUCUUGUACUGUCAAGUGCAGAAGAAACAGCAAAGGAGAUAAAUGAUUCUAAAAAUGAAGCAGUCCUCAAUCAUAACCUUGUGCAAGAGGUUGAUGCGGCUGCCGCUUCCCUUGAAAGAGACUUGAUCGGUAUUGAAGAGAUGAUCAAUUUAGACGAUUUGAUUGCACAGUACACUACCCAGAGACAAGAGAUGGAACAGUUAUCCUCGGACUUGGAUAACAUGGAGACCACACUUGAUACUAUCCUAGCCAACCUUCAGGGUAUCAGUACAGAUGAUAUACAAUGCAAUGACUGAUAGACUAUGACAUAGCUACCAUUGAGUAGGAUUAUAUUCUGUUUAUUAAGAAUUUUUAAAGGGAAAAGUUGGCACUUUUAGUAACAUGAUUUUCCCCCUAGAAAUAGGAUUUUUGAAACUUUUGAAAAAUGAUGAUUUUUGGUAUGUUUUUCAAAAGUUUAAAGCAAAAAUGGAAGUUUAGACUUGAAAAUAAGGAU